AUGCCUGACCGGCGCACCACCUCGCCCGCGCAGCCGGAGAUGGAGGCGCACCUGAGCGAUGACGAGCGCAUCGAGCCCACCCGCGGUGCAGCCAAGUCCGUGGCCAUGCCUGACCGGCGCACCACCUCGCCCGCGCAGCCGGAGAUGGAGGCGCACCUGAGCGAUGACGAGCGCAUCGAGCCCACCCGCGGUGCAGCCAAGUCCGUGGCCAUGCCUGACCGGCGCACCACCUCGCCCGCGCAGCCGGAGAUGGAGGCGCACCUGAGCGAUGACGAGCGCAUCGAGCCCACCCGCGGUGCAGCCAAGUCCGUGGCCAUGCCUGACCGGCGCACCACCUCGCCCGCGCAGCCGGAGAUGGAGGCGCACCUGAGCGAUGACGAGCGCAUCGAGCCCACCCGCGGUGCAGCCAAGUCCGUGGCCAUGCCUGACCGGCGCACCACCUCGCCCGCGCAGCCGGAGAUGGAGGCGCACCUGAGCGAUGACGAGCGCAUCGAGCCCACCCGCGGUGCAGCCAAGUCCGUGGCCAUGCCUGACCGGCGCACCACCUCGCCCGCGCAGCCGGAGAUGGAGGCGCACCUGAGCGAUGACGAGCGCAUCGAGCCCACCCGCGGUGCAGCCAAGUCCGUGGCCAUGCCUGACCGGCGCACCACCUCGCCCGCGCAGCCGGAGAUGGAGGCGCACCUGAGCGAUGACGAGCGCAUCGAGCCCACCCGCGGUGCAGCCAAGUCCGUGGCCAUGCCUGACCGGCGCACCACCUCGCCCGCGCAGCCGGAGAUGGAGGCGCACCUGAGCGAUGACGAGCGCAUCGAGCCCACCCGCGGUGCACACAAACCGGUUAGUGCUUCUCUGGAGAUGACAGGUGAAGUAAGAAUGUGUGGUUCUCGCUUGCUAGUUUUUCGUCGUCCGAAGUCCCGGGCUCACAAGCCCGAAGCUGUUGCGCUGGCCGCCGAUUGCACUAUGGUGUCUGAAGGCACCACCGAGGUGUGCGCGGAGGAGCGUUUUGCGAAGACGGCCCCUAGCUUUCUUUUCAGCGGUGAUGUGGCUCAGUGCUGGCUGGAUGACGAAGGGUACCAGCUGGGCCGCUACUUUAAUCCAUACCGUACAGUGGUGCCGAGGGAAGAAGCGACCGGUUUGAAGUGGUGCGGUCCGGCCGUACGGAAUCUUCACCACGGCGUGGAAGGUGCGACAGCAACUGUGGAUCCGCGCGUUGCCUUAUUGCAACAAUUUGCGGCCGUGGAUCUGCAGAGGAGAGAGGGGGCAGCUACCAACACGCUUGGUCUGCGCCCUCAUCGGCCGCCUCGCGCACCCAGUACUACUCCGACGGUGCGCCACACCCUCUCCGAGUCCAAAGGGGUUGCCCUUCCUGUGACCAGCGCUCUUCCACCACGUGAGGCUCUACCGAUGCGUCUUCCGCGUCAGGAGGAGGACCUGGGCAGCGAAAAGAGUACGACUCUUCACCUGUCGCUGCGGAAUGCCGACGAUGCGAUUGACAUGGGGACGUCGUGGCGCAGCGGUGAACGUCCACGCAGCACUGACAUCCGCAACGCGCUCGCAUUUCUGCGCGAUGGCGCGUCAGAAGCGGGUGUCUUGUCUGAUUUACGACGAGUUCCUUACGUGCGUCCACCGACGCGUCCUGCAACGGCGAACAGUGCUGCAGAUGUCGCCCGACGCAUGAUACCACCGCAUCGCCCCCAACUCAGUCGCUCUUGUGCGCCUGCAGAUGGCAGGAAAGUGUUUCGGCGUGCAACGGGGACCGCUGUCGUCGCCGACGGAGUCCAGCAGGAACCACAGCCGGCUUCGUUGGAUGUUUCGCUCUCCUCCGUUUCUAAGGGGCGUGACCGAGAUACUAGGUGA